AAGAAUCUAUCCAUAUAUAUAUACCCACGCACCGCGCAAACUUCGUCAUCAUCUUCUUCAUUUUCUUCACAAUUUCAGUUAAAAUUCUUGAUACAUAUCAGUAACUAUGGCCAAUGAAGGUGAGACUAAUGAUACAAAAAGCACCACUUCAAAGCUCCACAUCUUCUUCUUCCCUUUCCCGUCCAAGGGCCAUACGAUCCCGAUGAUUGACAUGGCGAAGCUCUUCUCCUCGAGAGGAGUUAAAUCGACCCUGAUCUCGACCCCUCACAAUGAGCCGUCGUUUCUGAGGUCCAUUGAAAGGACUCAGAAGCUUGGGUUCGACAUCGGCGUUGUCACUGUGAAAUUGCCCCUAGAGAAGGUGGGCUUGCCCGAGCACUGCCAGAUUUUGGAUUCAACCAAUUCACCAGAUAUGAUCAAUAAGUACUGGAUGGCCAUAAGAAUGCUCGACAAGCAGCUCGAGAAGUUGAUAAAAGAGCACUGUCCUGCCUGCGUGAUCACUGACACCUUCCUCCCUUGGACAGUCGAUGUUGCUGCAAAGUUUGGGAUUCCGAGGCUUGCUUUCCAUGGGACGAGCCACUUUGCCAUGUGUGCUUUGGAGUGUACGAGGCUCUAUAAGCCGCAUCUGAACAUCUCCUCCGACUCCGAGCCUUUCGUGAUCCCAAACUUCCCAGGGGAGAUCACGAUGACAAGAGCUCAACUGCCAGAUUUUAUCAAGGAAGAUACAGAGUUUUCGAAACUCUACAUUGAGAUGAUGGAGUCGGAGCUCAGGAGCUAUGGAGUCAUCAUGAAUAGUUUCAAGGAGCUCGAACCCGUCUACACAGAUCACUACAGGGAUGUCUUGGGAAGACGUUCGUGGCGGGUCGGUCCAGUUUUAUUGUGCAAUCAGGAUACCGAGGACAAGUUGCAGAGAGGGACCAGGGCAACCAUUGGCGAGGACAGCUGCUUGAAGUGGCUGGACUCGAGGGAGGCCGGCUCGGUGGUCUAUAUUUGCUUUGGGAGUAGGACUGAUUUCAGUGCUUCUCAGCUCCAUGAGAUAGCCGAGGGGCUUGAGGCUUCAAGGCAGCCGUUUGUUUGGGUGGUGAAGAAGGAUGAGAGUGUUGAGGAAGGGAAAGAGGAGUGGCUUCCCCAAGGUUAUGAAGAAAGGAUGCAAGGGAAGGGCCUCAUCAUAAGGGGGUGGGCACCCCAAGUGCUGAUUCUACACCACAAGGCAGUCAGUGGAUUCGUGACACACUGCGGAUGGAACUCAACCCUCGAAGGUAUCACUGCAGGGGUGCGCAUGGUGACAUGGCCGGUGGCGGCGGAGCAGUUCUGCAAUGAAAAGCUCAUAACCGAGGUGCUGAGAAUCGGGGUCCCCGUGGGAGCGAAGCAGUGGAUGGUUAAGGUUGGGGACAGUGUCGAGAGUGAGAAGGUGGAGAAGGCAGUGAAGAGAAUCAUGAUCGGUGACGAAGCAGAGGAAAUGAGGGUUAGGGCAAUAGAACUUUCGAAGAUAGCUAAGAAAGCUGUGGAGGAAGGAGGAUCUUCUCAUUCGGAUCUCACGGCUUUGCUCGAAGAGCUGAAGUCCCCUAAGAAAGUUGGUUGCUCAUAAUUAAUUAGUCGAGAGCAUUAGCCCAAAGAUCGUAUUUAGAUCUAGUAAAUGGAAAUGAAAAGGUAAAUAAAGGGCUAUAAGAAGUUCCAUUGAAAAUCCAACUCGAGACCUCUUGGUUCGAGACGAGGGUACUCUUCUCGAAAUCUCAAAGGUAUGCUGAAUUGGAAUCUCAUUGAAAAGUUCGCCUGUAAGAGACCAGUUAAUCAAUCAUAUUAAUCCUUUUUUUUUCUUUUCU